AAAGAAAAAGGAAUCCUACUCCAAUAAGGAGUUGGAAAUUCUCUUUGAGCUCUAUUUAAACAAGGAGAUGGCAAUUUUGUUUAUUCCUUCCUAAGUUUCAAUCAUGUCAAGCGGUGAUGAUAGAAAACACCAAGUGGACGAUUCCUUCAUGCUUAAAGCUAUGCAACAACAAUUUCAGAGGCUAGACAUCAUGUUUGGUGAAAUUAAAGACAAAAUGGAGAAGCAAGAUGCAGCCAUUGCCAAGUUAUACCAAAUACAAAAGGGAAGUCCAAAUUUGCAUAAUCACAAUCUUGAUGACAAUGAUGAAGAUGCAUUCAACAAUGAUGCCCAGGACUCAAAUUUCAGCAUGGACAGAUUUAUGAGAGGUAGAGGGGGUCAAAGAUAUAGAUUUAACAAAGGAGACCAAAAUCUGGCAAUGUGGGGAGAUCGACAAGAUCAUGACUUAGGUAGCAUCAAGAUGAAGAUUCCUCCAUUUCAAGGCAAAAAUGAUCCAGAUGUGUACUUGGAGUGGGAAAAGAAGGUGGAAUUGGUGUUUGAUUGCCAUAACUACUCUAAGGAGAAAAAGGUGAAACUAGCAGCGGUGGAAUUUACUAAUUACGUUGUGGUGUGGUGGGAUCAGCUUGUGCUUAGUUGACGUAGAAAUCGAGAGCAUCUUGUUGACACUUGGGAAGAGAUGAAGGCUGUGAUGAGAAAAUGGUUUAUUCCUAGUCACUACUACCGCGAUCUCUAUCAACGACUACAGGGCCUUACUCAAGGGUCCAGAAGCGUUGAGGAUUAUCACAAGGAGAUGGAAAUCGCAAUGGUCAGAGCAAAUGUUGAAGAGGAUAGAGAAGCAACAAUGGCCCGGUUUCUGCAUGGAUUAAAUCGUGAUAUAGCUA